AACCUAGCAACAGCGCAGGCUCCGAGGUCUAGUCCGUUAUGGCUGCCGCCGCCCUGGGCAGAAUGUGCGAGGCUGCACGAGAGAAGCUGUCUCCCGGGCCGGGCGCCCGGGGCCUCGGAGCGCUGGCGCGAUCUCUGGUGCUGGCGUUGCUGCUCGCGCCCGUCCUGUGCUCUGAUACACCAGAGAGUACUCCAAACAGUGUUACCGUUUCUCCUUCAGUUAUGCCUGGAAACCAUACCAAACCUUCUGUUUCCCAAAUCAGCACCACACUUACCCCAGCCAGUACAGAGAAGAGUGGAAGCAGCUCUGUGGCACCCACGCCCUCUACGGCUCCGUCUGUGCCCCAGGACGAGGCUGACAGCAAUGAAGAUCCCAGCAUGGAGGAGGAGGAUCUUCUGGCUCUCAACAGUUCCCCGGCCACAGUCAAAGACACUCUGGACAAUGGUGACUACGGAGAGCCAGACUACGACUGGACUACCAACCCCCGGGAUGAGGAGCCUGAGGAUCUCAGCAUUGCCAUAAGCAAGGAGAGCAGGCGCUUCAGAGGCUUCCAGGACUCAGUGCAGGUCGUGAAGCUCCCGCCCCCUCACAGAGAGGACAGCCAUUUCUUUUUUCAUCUCCUUAUUUUUGCUUUCUGUGCAGCGGUUGUUUAUGUUACCUAUCACAACAAAAGGAAGAUUUUCCUCUUAGUUCAGAGCAGAAAGUGGCGUGAUGGCUUGUGUUCCAAAACUGUGGAGUACCAUCGUUUGGAUCAGAACGUGAACGAGGCCAUGCCUUCUCUGAAGAUCACCAAUGAUUACAUUUUCUAAAGCACUUGAUUGUCGUUUAUUGACUUGAUUUGCUUAUCAUGCUGUUUUAUUUGCUUAACUUUUCUCUGAUGUGCAGAUGUUUGCCACAGGCAAGUGGCACUUAACUGAGACGGGCACUCUCUUUCUCGCCUUGGUGCUUUGAGAACUAACUGUCACAAACAAGGAGGAUAUGAUUGUUUUUAUCUUUCUUUAGAGCUAGAUUCAAUCAGGUAUCUGAAAUGUGAGUUAAACAUUACUUUAUAUUUUUGUGUAGUUGUUAUUCUUUUCCAUUUAUUGUGCCUCUGGCAGCAGUGUUCCCUUUGAAAGGCCCAACCCUGAGUUCACAGCCCGUGGGGCCCAGCGCUGCUGGCUCAUCACUCACUGCCACCCGGAUGCUGUUUCUCAGUUCCUUUAUUUUACUUCUCUGGUUGAGAUAGGCCCCACUCAGUAGCCCAGGCUGGCCUCAAACUGUCGGUCUUAUUGCCUUGGCUUCUCAAGUGCUGGUACGACUGGUGUGGCCGCUUACCAACUCCUAAAUCCGAUAUUUUCAAACACAUUUUGUGUGUGUUUGGUUCCCAGUUUUAAUGAACAAAGAUAUCGCAAUCUAAUGCUUUGCUUUAAGAUGACAUUUCCCCCUCUCUCUCAAAGCUGCUGUAAGGACAGUGAAGAGGGCUCAGUUGGUGAGGGCACUUGCUGCCUACCCUGACAGCCUGAGUUCAGUCCCAGGAACUCCGUGGUAGAAGGAAAUAGUCGUGGAGGUUGUCCUCUGACCUCCACAUGUGUACAUUUGUGCACCCCCAUACAUGCUACACACAUAGUAAAUACACAUAGUUGAAAAGAACCCACUUUGGGUAUUGCAGGCUCUCUACACAGUGUGAGGUGACGUGGCUGUUGCUUCACGGUCAUGGUGAACUCGCUUAGGAAUUCUGGCAGAAGAGACUGCAGUUCCCAGUAAGCACGGGUGAAAUGUUAGGUAGUAGACUCCAGGUUUGGGUUUGGAUUACUGACUGAAGUCUCGGGCAGAAGCUGGUAGAGUAUUUAACCCAUGACCAGGGACAGUUCAUCAGCACUUGAUUGUAGUGUGAGUUCCUGGGUUCUGAUUAUGGACGGAGUGUAAAACAGGUCAGAGGUUUCUCAGUUUGUUUCUUGAUCACAGUAAACUGGAAGAGACUCUGGAGCUCAUUGUCACUUGAGUGACACUGUGUCUUGGUCCUUUAGUUAAAGCAGUAAUUAGAAAAAGUCCAUACAGACCUGUGUAACAGUGACCUUCAGACUUGCCUCCUCUCCAGCCCCAGCAACUGGGAUUAUUUGCUGUAUUUCAUGGUAGCCUGUUUUUUUAAGAGUUGAUCAGAAUGUAAUUGUGUGAUUUGAACCAUGCUUGACUACCAAGCUUCGUUACAACUUUCCAGAAAGCAUAGUCUACUGCGUGCUCAGUAAAGCCUGGACGGGCCAGCAGCCAUGCUCCCUGUGUGGCCAUGGAAGCAGCAACGUUGUCUUCCCCAUCAGGGACAGUUGACUGUCCGAGGGAAGGGCACUGUAGUGAACAACACCUGAACUGUCUUAUUGCA